AGUUCAACGCUCGAAGGGGCAUAAAUUGCUAUUGAUGUUAAAUUCAGUGUUUUGUUUACUAAGCCAAUUGUAUUGUCUCACCUUCAUAGCGAAGGAGGUAUUUUUGCUGAUUGCUCUUGGAGUGCCCGAUUUGCCCUUAUUGCUAAGGCUAAUAUCGGGAUUGCAAUAUGCCGUUUUUGCUCUCUCAAAAUUUGUGUGCUUUAAAUGGCGUUUAAAAGAUGCAGCAGACGUAUAUAUGAAACUUAUGGAAAUAUAUCCAAAAACGUCACUUGAACAUCGUUUGUAUCGUGUGAUAGACUUUUUUUGGCCUAAAAAAAUUUUGAUUGUUAUUUAUUUGUAUUUGGGUUCUAUUUUCUUCAUCGGAAUCUCGCCGCUGCUUGAAGGUGUUGUUAUGUAUUUGGUGGAUUGCCUGCGUGUGGGCUUGGGAAACGCUGAAUUUGCUUAUAUCAAAUUGUAUGAUAUUCCAUAUGGUUUUAAUCAUCGACGGCCUUUUUCGUACAUGGUCACCUAUAUGAUGGAGGUAUUUCAUGUGCAGUUUGUCUUAAUCGCAAAUGUAUGCCCCGAUAUUUGGCUAUUGUGUUUUACAAUGCAAUUGUGUAUGCACUUCAACUAUUUGGCUCGCAUUAUGGAAGAAUAUGAACCAGACGAAAGUGCACCGAAGAAAGAUCAACAAUUCAUAGCAGAAUUUGUUAAGAAACAUCAGAUAGUCUUAAACAUUGGUCAAAAUGUGAAAGAUCUUUUCAGUGUUUUAUUGUUAAUUGUGUUUAUGUCCAUUGCUACAACUCUAUGCUGUGCUGGAGUUUACACUUUAACUCAAGGUCUAGGCAGGGAACUUCUGGAAUAUUGCGCCUUUUUGCCAUGUGCCAUUGGGAAUUUUUUCUUGAUUUGUUAUUAUGGACAACAACUGGCCACCUAUAGUGAAAAAGUGGCUGAUGCUGCUUACAAUCAUCCCUGGUACAAUGGUUCGCAAUCGUAUAAAAAGACAAUUCUCAUAAUAAUGAUACGUGCCUCAAGAGCUGUGGAAUUGAAUGCUUAUGGAUUGAAACCCAUUUGUUUGGAUGCCUUUAAAAUGCUAAUGGGCGAAAGUUAUCGUGUUUUUGCUGUACUGAAGCAAACUAUGCUGGAUUGAAAAAAAUCUAUUACAAAAAAAAAUCAACAUAAAAUGAGGACUAAAUCCACUUUAAGGAAACUUUUUACUUAACUUAAUGACAAUAGUUUUCAAUCACAAUUUU